GUCGCAAGCUACCACUCACUACCUUGACCUCUACAGACUCAACUCCAAAGUUUGACCAGCAGUCCUCCAUCGCCAUCCAAAUUCUGACGAUAACUGCUACCAAAUCCUCAAACCUACCUACAAUCCACCCUUCGCACAGGAGCCCCCAAAGCUCCAACCAUCAACAUGCCAGGCUUCGACUUCUCAAACCAUACCCGCAACGCUGCGUUGCAUGCCCGAGGUGUACCUCUGCCAAAGGCUACCAGUACUGGAACUACAAUUGUAGGAUGCAUAUUUGAGGGGGGUGUAGUUGUAAGUUUAGCCCCGCCAUGAAUGGACAUUAUAUUCUUGGAAGACUAUAGAUCUUUCCGAUUACUCUGCCUCUGCAUCUUGAAGCACCCUGUUCAGAAGCACCCUGUUCAAUAGCCCAAGCUAACACUACUAUCUAGAUUGCUGCAGAUACCAGAGCGACCAGUGGUCCUAUCGUGGCCGACAAGAAUUGCGAGAAACUCCAUUACAUUGCCCCUCAAAUUUGGUGCGCAGGAGCUGGUACUGCCGCUGAUACCGAAUUCACAACCGCCCUCAUCUCCUCUCAACUCGAACUACACUCCCUGUCCACUGGCCGCAAACCCCGUGUUGUCACUUGCAUGACCAUGCUGAAGCAACAUCUCUUCCGUUACCAGGGACACAUUGGUGCAUAUCUCGUCGUAGCUGGCGUUGAUCCUACCGGUGUUGGAUUGUUUACUGUACACGCACACGGUAGCACGGACAAGCUGCCAUAUGUGACUAUGGGUUCCGGAUCCCUAGCAGCCAUGUCAAUAUUCGAGACGCAAUGGAAAGCAAGCAUGACGGAGCAGGAGGCUGUCACGUUGUGCUCCAACGCCAUUCAAGCUGGUAUCUUUAACGAUUUGGGAUCCGGUUCGAAUGUCGACGUUUGCGUUAUCACCAAGGAGAAGACCACGUUGAAGAGAGGCUAUGUCAAGCCAAAUGAGAGAAGCAAGAAGCAAAAGAGCUACGUGUUCAAGAGAGGUACAACUGCCAUAUUGAACGAGAAAAUUAUUACGAGGGAAGAGAUCAGCAAGUAUGUAACGGUUUCAGAGCUCGAGGGAGAGAAGUCGGUGGGCGAGAAAAUGGAUUUGGAUGUCUGAAGUGGGUAGUUGGGAUGAUAAUGGCUUAUAUGUAUCAACAAUGCAGCAUUCGGUUCUUGCCACUUGAGAUGGUGUAUGAUUGCUUUUCUCAUUUCCAGCCAGUAUAUCUCCUAUGACUCGAUCUACUCGUGUUUUUUGCGCAAUUUUGGAAUUCUUUUAACAGGGUUCGUUGCCAAAUAACAGCAUCUCCAUUUAAUAACAGGCUCGUAAUCCCGAACACUCGUUAGGCACAUAUUCAAUUUUGGCCUCCGCCCCAUAUAAUGAGAUUCACUCGACCUACCAAGCAGCCAUGCAUGAGUAGGUCCUGUUCUUACUUUACUUAACCUGGGCCUGGAUUACAGGAAUGAGGGCUCGGUUGAGAAUGCAAGUCCCAGUCAUACAAAUGCCAAUAUUACUGUCCCUUCAAACGGCAAUGAGGAACUCGUUUCUUUAAAGUCAUCGAUAUAUGAACUUUAUCUGAGCUAGGGGUUCGUUGAUCCGAGGGGGUAAGUCAGUAGGAGGCUAGAGGGCUCAGUGUCUUUGUCCAAUCAGCAAGUGGCUUGCUAAACUGCGCCGCAAUCUCGUGGCUGACAGCUGCUCACCUCUUACGUCUGUAACAUACACUCUCCAACCUCGAGCAACGCAUCUACCUAUUAUACAAUCAUUCCCAUCGUGUAUCAACAUAGCCCAUAGGUCUAAUCUUAUUGGCCCAAAUUUUCUGCAAGCUUCCGGUAUUACCCAAUUCGUGUUUCUCAGCGGCCGGAGUCACGUUUUUCGAGCCUCCUAAAGUCCGAAGUAGCCAAUCCUCGAAGAAGGAUUUCCCCAACAACCUUAAUGAGCAAAGACCCGAGACGAAAGGCUUGCAAGCAACUCCCAGUGGCUCGUCAACGGGGUCUACUCAACCGAGGAUUCGGAGACGCAAUCGGAUGAUUACAAGCUGUCUAGAAAGCCGACGUCGCAAAUUAAAGUGUAAUAAAUCUCACCCUUGCACCAACUGUGUGAAAUUCACACGAGAUUGCGUGUUCCUUGCUCCAGCUCUGGAUCCAGCGAGUCAACUUAAACUUACGGAGAUCAAGGAGAAAGUAGGGUCUUUGGAGAGGUUGUUGGAGAGGGAUGUUGCUAAACCUAUCAAGACUGCCGAGAAAAGAUUGGAUAGAGCUUUGCCUGAUGAUGCGGAUGAUGAUUUACCGGGCCAUGAGGAUGAGAGGGAGUUGGAGCCUACGCCGCUUGCCAUUGAGGAUGCAGCGUAUGGAGAGGAGGGAGAGGAUGAUGAUUUGUUGGAUCUCGGGAUUCAAAUGAAGAAGAUGAGGACUACCGAGAGAAUUGGAGGGUUUUUAGACCAAAGAUUUCGGAAGAGGUCAGUUCUUGUUUUUGGUUGUACUGUUUUGUACCUUGUCUUGGACCCAGAUGCCUCAAAAGUUUGAAGUCUGUAGUCGCCGGGUAAUCUUGAGCGAGAUCAGGAGUUUCUGGUGUACAAGUCUUUUUCACUAUUUCUCUAUGUCUUUUCAAUACCUGAGCUUUAUGACUGUCGACGUGCUCUGGACAUUUUUGCAAUUAUUAGCGACCAAGGGAAAUAUCAAUCCUCGAAUUCAGCUAACAUACACUCAAGUUAUCCCACAACAUGACAGAUACAUUUAAUACGGGAUACAGAGACACGACGGAAAAAGAGCCAUCACCAGCAUCGUUCGUUAAGCCAGUACCAUCCGCAAGCGAAUGGCUCAAACCCGGCCCUUCAUAUAUCAUGCCCUCAUCAGGGUUCUUUUUCGGCUCCCAGGGACAAGCAGUAUCACUAGUCGACUUUUUGCCUUCUCGAUUAGCAGCAGAUAGGCUCAUCACGCAAUAUUUUGAAUGCGUGCAUCCCAUAGCCCAGGCAGUCCACCGCCCUACUUUCGAGAAAGAAUACGAUUCAUUUUGGGGAAGAAGUAUCACUCGGAAUUGAGCCUCCGAAUUCCGUUCAAGCCGUAGUAUUUGCAGCUAUGUUCUCAGGGGCCGUCAGCAUGGAUGAAAGCAGUAUCAUGCGGGAUGUUGGGGUUACAAGGGAGAGUCUAGUUAACAACUUUAAGCUUGGCACCGAGACGGCGCUCUCGAGGGCCAAUUUCUUGAGGACAACUAAGGUGGAAACACUUCAAGGAUUUGUUAUGUACCUGGUAAUUCUGCAUUAUUUGGAUCCAAGAAUGAUUCGCUAAUUUUUGUCAGAUACCCCUUUGCAGAUCAGAAGUAUCAAGAGCACAUUCGGUUCUGCUUGGAGCUGCACUGAGAAUGGCAGAGUGUAUGGGCCUACAUCGUGACGGCGAAAGCUAUGGGAUGAAUCCGAUAGAGACCCACGUACGUCGCUUAAUUUCGUAUCAGCUCUGUUUUCUGGAUAUACGGACCUGUGAAUCUUAAGGUCCUAGACCUUCGAUUCGAAAGGGGGAGUUUGAUACCAAACUACCUCUGAACAUCAACGAUGUCGACCUUCACGCUAGUGGAGAUAGUCCUGUUUUCGCAGAUCGCUGGACCGAUGCGACAUUCUCCUUGAUACGCUUUGAAAUCAUGGAGAUGAUGAGACAGCUCUGGGUGGAUCGUCCUAAAAUAGAACGCCGCCAAAUGAGUCUCACUGCUCUUCUAAGUAAGAUUGAACAUUUCAAAGCCAACAUGGCUGCAAAGUACGAUCAUCUUAUAGACGAUCGAAUACCAGUCCAGAAAGCUGCAAAGCUCGUGAAAGCACUUCUGACCUCUCGUCUCCACGUUAUGGUUCUCCAUCGCUACCACAACUCUGUCGUCUCACCGAUGCCAGAUAGACUUCGUGCCAUCAUGAUAACAAACGGCAUAGUAAACCUGGAAACGGCAAUGGCCCUAGAGACGCUUCCAGAGUUGAAGAAUUGGGCUUGGUACACCGGAGCCCUAACCCAAUACCACACAGCAUUUCUACUCCUCCUCAAAAUAUACGUCUACCCAAAGAGAAAAGAGGCAGAUAGAAUAUGGCACUGUCUAGACUACAUCUUCGAAUGCGACCCCACCGAAUCUCGACGCAACAAAGCCCUCCGCGUCCUCUCAGAACUCCAGCAGAAAACUGCAAUCUACCAAUCCAUGCGUGGCAUGCGAGCCCCAACUAACAUGGACCGCCAUGUCGGUCAAAGACCCCUUCGCGUAGCAAACGGUAUGUUGGCCACGGAAAGCAAACCGCUUAUCUACCUCAAGGAUUCUGAAGCUCGAGCGGCAGCUUUGGCGGAAGGAGCUGCUCAAAUCCAAGCUGUGGAACAGCAGAACAUCGCAUUUCCAGCAGCUUCUCCGCCUGUACCCGCUUCUAUUGGCACGAGUGCGGUUUCCGAAGUGGUUUUCGCGGGCGUGAGUAAUGGAGAGGCACUUUGGGCUUUGCCAAAUUAGGCGACGCCUGAUACGAGUAGCGAGGGGACUAGCAGCGUUCCUGGAGUCACGCCUUCGACAUCGACGAUGGGAACGGAUGAUUUGAUGGCUGAUAUUGAUUGGGUAAGUUCUUUUUGCAUUUCUGUCGUCUAUACUCUAGGUAUUCCGUAUCAGAGAAGCUUUGAAUAGGGGUUAGGGGACAAAAACCAAUGGAUGGCAACAUGCUAAUUUGACACGAGGAUGUUUUCGAUACGCUCUUUCCACCUGACCAACCGGAUUUUGAGAUGCCUCGUUUUAAUCAGUAUCAAUUCCCUUCUAGUAGUGGCUCUGGUGGGGAAGCGCAGUUUCUUGGUGGUGCGGGGGGUGGCACUUAUUGAUGAGUUAUGUUUUAUUUGCCUCGUAUUGGAAGGGAAAAUAUAUAUGAGACUUAUGAUAAUAGCAUAUUCUGUGGUAUUUGUGGAAAUUUGCAUGAUAUUAGUGUGGCUACUUACGGCACAAGACAAAUAGUG